AUGCUGCCAAAACGAAGAGGACGACCGCCGAAGAUAGUAAACGAGUCGCAUAAUGAUAUUGAGGAGAUAGGAGGCGGUGUUGGGCGCGCCGGUGACUCUUCAGCAGCCAUGACAGCUAGGAAAGCUACAACUGGGGGGAGGGGAAAGGGAAAGGGGAAAGCCCCUGCAAACAACGCAGUUCCUGAAGUGUAUCGAGACAUGCUAGACGAGGCACUCCCAGCGCAGUUUGAAGUGCCAGAGAGGCCGUUGAAAAAGAGAAGGGUCGGUCCUCGAGGCGCUCCUGGAAUAGCAAGUAGCUCGAAGCUACCUGACAAGCAAGUUUCCGACGAGGAUGAUGAUGAUAUCCAGUUCGAGGAUGUUCUGGACACAGGCGAUCUCGAAGGGUUUGAUAUCGGCGAGGCGAACACUCCUGCGAAGGAACAGCAGACCGCAUAUAGGGAUCUGGAUGAAGAAUCGGACGACAAUGAUUUUGAUUGGGAUGGAGUGGAUUUCGAAAAUCUACCCCAAGAUCAACCUAGCGGUGAUCUUGAAUUGACGCUCAAUACUAUAAUGACCCCUCAACCAUCAAGAAGUGCCCCCCGGCGGAGGCUAGUUUCGAAGGCUGAGAAGGUUACGCGGCUAGAGAUCCAUAGAAUGCAUAUUCUUUGUUUAUUGUCGCACGUUUCCACGAGAAAUGAUUGGUGCAAUGACUCUGAAGUUCAGAGCUUGCUCAGACCCCUAUUGAAUAAGAAAGUAUUGUCGUUGCUUAGACCUAAAUCUGAUCUGUCGCAAUUCGGAAGAACAGAAUCGCUGAAGAGGGGCCUGGAGCAAACUGUGAAGAUAUGGAAGUCCAAAUUUUCUAUUACAGCCAGAGGCAUGCGAAGAGCACUCUGGGCAGAUGAUGAGAAGGAUCUCCAAAAUUAUAAAUUAGCUGGCCCUGCGGAUCUCGUCCUAGAGAAAUUGGACUUCCGGGCUGCUGCUAAGACAUUUAAAGGCUCCAGAGAUUUAGGAGCUCAGCUAUAUUGUGCAUUACUUCGCAGCGCAGGUCUUGAUGUUCGACUCAUAUGCUCACUUCAACCACUGUCCUUUAAUUCGGGAGGCCCUCCAAUGCCUCCAAGUUCCGUACCACCAACCAAACCUGCUAGCCCCGAAAUCAGCGAUGAAGGUGAUGUCGUAGACAUCCAAGACGAGGAUUCGCCGUUCGGCAAGAAUGGGCCCAGUGCUCUAGGCUUGCCAUUUUCACCACGACGCCGGCUUGGCCAUCCAAAUGCUGCAGAUUAUAAUAUGCCUGAUAUAAGUGCUCCAGUUCGACUUCCGCCCAAGCCAAAACCCCAAACCAUUCAAGAAUCACCAUACCCAGUAUUUUGGGUAGAGGUUCUGGACGAAGCGCAUCAAAAGUGGUUUCCGGUCGAUCCUCUAGUCACGGAAGCCAUUGCCAAACCUCGUUCUUUGGAACCUCCGGCAGCAGAUCGUGAAAAUAUGAUGUCUUAUGUGAUAGCGUUCGAAGAGGCAGGCAACGCUCGAGAUGUUACGAGACGAUACGCCAAAGCUUUCAACGCCAAAACAAGGAAGAAUCGUAUCGAACCAACCCCUGCGGGCAAAAAGUGGUGGAGUAAAACUAUGAGAGCCUAUUCUCGAGACUGGACAAGUGACCUAGAUCAAAUAGAGGACAUUGAAUUGACAGCAAUCGAGACGAGAGAACCAAUGCCUAAGAAUAUCGCGGAUUUCAAGGAUCACCCGGUGUAUGCUUUGGAGCGACAUCUCAAAAAGAAUGAGAUCCUAGUAGCCACACGUGAGAGUGGAAAAGUGGCUGCCGGGCGGGACUCGGGCACACCUGGAAGACGAAAACUGGAAAAUGUAUACAGAAGGCGCGAUGUUAAGAUAGCUCGUAGUGCAGAUGCCUGGUACCGUCUUGGAAGGGACAUCAAGAUGGGGGAACAGCCUGUGAAAGUUGUUGCUGCAAAACGAAGACCAGACGAAGAUGAUAUGGGUGGUGAUGUCGAGGAACGCCCUGGCACAAACCUCUUCACUGAGGAUCAAACAGAGAUAUACGCGGCACCGCCUGUAGUCAACGGUCGAGUACCAAAAAAUUCAUUUGGGAAUAUCGAUGUAUAUGUCCCAAGCAUGGUCCCCAAGGGAGGUGUCCACAUACCUCUCGAAGAAGCAGCUCGCGCAGCUCGACUUUUGGGUGUCGAUUAUGCUGACGCUCUCACGGGGUUCGAAUUCCGCGGUCGCCAUGGAACAGCUGUAUUGAAAGGCGUAGUGGUCGCCGCUGAGUACCAUGAGGCCGUUGAGGCUGUGAUAGAGGGAUUUAGGGAUGAGCGAGCUCGUGAGCAAGAGCGCAUGCGCAUUCUUGCUAUAUUUAGAAUGUGGAAGCGGUUUCUCUUCGGAUUAAGGAUCAAGAAGCGUGUUGAUGCUUAUGCAGGGGAUGAUGAAGAGGCUCAACCGUCCGAAGAUAUCGAUGAUGAUGUUGAUGAGGAAGAUGACAAGGGUUAUGUUGACCGUGGUGAUGAUGAUGAGAGUGAGGGAGGCUUCCUGUCUGAUGAGGGCGGUGGUGGAUUUUUCCAUGAGUGA